AUGUCGAUAGAGAUAAAAGAUCUAAAAGGCCUGACAGAGCAUAAAACUAGUACUAUAAAUACUCUUAAUGCAUCUGUUAGUAACAGUAAUUUGACAUGUGAUAAUCUAAACCAGAAAAUAAAAACAAUGGAGGAAGAUGCACAGAAAAUUAAUAGUCAACUGCAGGAAAAUAAGGAAAAAAUAGAUACUUUAGCCACGGAGAUAGACGACAAAAAAAACACUAUAUGUAAAUUGAAUACGAAAAUAAACGAAAUGCAAACUAUGAUCGAUAAAAAAAACACAACAAAUAAUGAAAAUGAUUUAGAAAUCAGAAAUCUUAAAACUAAAAUAGAAAAUUUAAAUAAGGAUCUAAUAAAAGAAACUACUCGAGCAAACUGUGCUGAAAAAAACCUAAAUACAUGCAAUGAUAAUCAAGUAAAGUUGCAAGAGGAAAUAAAAAACUUGUCUGCUACUAUAUUUACUAAUGAAAGUAAAAACACAGAUGUGGAAAAACAAAUUAAAGUGCUAAAAGAAAAUAAGAAUACCUUAGAGUCGAGUUUAAAAACUGCAGAAAAAACUAUAAAAGAAACCGACAAGGAGCUUAAAGAAAAUAAAAAAACAAUAGAAAAUCUUGAAAAAUCUGUAAAUGAUUUAAAAGAAACUAUAAAAACUAAGUUAACUGAAUGCAAUAAUGAGAAAACAAAAAUCAAUAAUCUAAACAAAGAUCACAAGCAAUUAAUAGAGGAAUUAAGUGAAUAUAAAAAAAAUAGAUUUAUCUAA